AUGGAAUCCGAUGGACGCACCAAGGCUUAUAAGUUUGUCGCUUAUGCGGCCGUCUCGUUCUCUGUGGUUGCCGUCCUAUCGGUCGUACUAACCCUUCCAAUGGUCUAUAACUAUGUUAGCCAUGUUAGGCGCCAAAUGCAACACGAGAUCUCAUUCUGCAAGGGAUCCGCUAAGGAUAUCUUUGCUGAAGUUAACUUCAUGAAGGCCAACAGUGGCCCCGCUGCUCCUCGUAACCGUACCAGCCGUCAGUCUGGUUAUGGCGCACCUGAGGUCAACCCAGCACCAAACCUCCAGUGUGAAGGAUGCUGCCUUCCAGGACCCCCAGGACCCGCCGGAGUUCCUGGCAAGCCAGGAAAGCCUGGUCGCCCAGGAGCACCUGGAACUCCUGGAGUGCCCGGAAAACCACCCACUGCUCCAUGUGAGCCCACCACCCCACCACCAUGCAAGCCUUGCCCACAAGGACCACCAGGACCUCCAGGCCCACCUGGAUCACCCGGAGACCCAGGAGAGGCUGGUACCCCCGGACGCCCAGGAACUGAUGCUGCUCCUGGAUCACCUGGACCUCGUGGACCUCCUGGACCACCUGGAGAGCCUGGACAGCCCGGACCUGCUGGAGAGCCUGGAACGCCCGCACAGAGCGAGCCACUCACUCCCGGAGCACCUGGAGAACCUGGAGACCAAGGACCACCUGGACCACCUGGACCUCCUGGAGCACCAGGAAACGAUGGCGCACCUGGACCAGCCGGACCCAAGGGAUCGCCUGGACCUGACGGGCCACCUGGAGCCGACGGACAGGCUGGACCUCCUGGACCUCCUGGACCUGCUGGUACACCUGGAGAAAAGGGUAUCUGCCCCAAAUACUGCGCCAUCGACGGUGGAGUAUUCUUCGAAGAUGGAACUCGUCGUUAA